AUGACAACUACUUCAGUACAGGAUCGUGUGGACGAACUCUUCGCCGAUGCUCGGGAUAUCCACGCUCAAGCCGUUCAACGCCUUGAACACGGUGACAUCCGCGACGCGGCGGAAAAAGCCUGGUGCGCCACCAAACGCGCCACCGACGCGCUCAUAUUGGCCCUGACUGGAGACGAGCCCGUAACCACCGCCAGAACUACCGACGAUCUGGACGACCUGACCGAUCAAGAACCCGUGGCCAGAACUCUCCAAGGCCGUUAUUACAGCCGUCUCGGUCAACUGCACGGGGCCUGCUUCUACGAUGGGCGGUGCAACCGGCACACCGAACGUCGCAUUAGAGAAACGGCCGCGUACAUCGAUGACGCCGAGGCUCUUGCUAUUCGAUAA